AUGUCUGGCUUGGUAUCUGGUCUCAUGUCCGACUCGACCCCUCCUCUGCGACCCGGGGGAUCUGAAGCCCUCAAUAUUGGGAAUAUUGGGAAUUCAACUCAGUUAAUCUCCAUUCUUUUAGUCAUAUUGAUGGCCUAUCAGGUGGUAUGGGCAAUCUACUCACUAUAUUGGUCACCCCUCGCAAAUAUUCCUGGACCAAAGCUAGCUGCCUUGACAUAUCUGUACGAGUCGUACUACGAGAUCGUUCAGGGUGGGCAGUACUUCAAGCGUGUGGCGCAACUCCAUAAAAUAUACGGCCCUAUUGUCCGAGUAACUCCAAAUGAGGUUCAUUUCAAUGACCCCGAAUUUAUCGAUAUGGUCUACCCCAAUCCGGCGCGCAAGACCAACAAGCCGACCUGGUUUGCCCAGCGGACGGGCACCCCGUAUUCCAUCGUGUCGACACCCGACCAUUCGCUGCAUCGUCAACGACGGAACGCCCUCAAUGCCUUUUUUUCUGUGGCCAGCAUCCGUCGCCUGGAGCCCAUCAUGAAGAGAUAUAUGGGCAAGAUGGUCACGAUAAUGGAAAAUGCUGGCAGGACAGGCCAGACUUUGCACAUGCACCAUCUGUUUAAGGCCUGUGCGAGCGAUGUCAUCACUGUAUAUGCCUUCGGCGAGUGCUUUGAUUUUCUAGAUCGACCCGAUUGCGGCCGCAGUUUUUUUCAAUCGACUGACGUCUUUUUCUAUCUCACUCACAUCUUCGGGUUAGUACCCUCGCUGGUGCACUAUGUGCAGAACAUGCCGUCCUGGCUUGUCAAAUUGCUACUACCUUCCCUCGGUGAGCUACGCGACCGACAAGAUUGGUGGCUUACCAAGGUCCGUGAAAUUCGAAAAUCUCCGAAUCCGGAGCGCAUUAAGAGUACCAUUUUUGAGGGUAUCUUGAACAGCUCGCUGCCUGACGAGGAGAAAGAAGAUGAGCGGCUUGCGAGUGAGGCACAAUUGGUGGUCUUCGCCGGUGAAGGCACCACCGCGUACACCUUAACCUGCUGCCUCUAUCAGCUUCUCGCCCACCCGCAAGAGGUGGACAAGCUCAAAAAAGAACUCCUCCAGGCCGAAAUCGACCCUAAGCAUGUUCUCCUCUCUCAGGUUGACGGUCUAUCCUAUCUUAACGCCAUAAUCCAAGAAGCGGUUCGUUUACACCCCGGAGUCAUGGCCCGACAGGUGCGGAUCUCGCCCGAGAUCCCAAUCGUCUACCAAGACAAGCAACAGGGCAAGACCUAUAUCGUCCCGCCAAACACCGUAACCAGCAUGUCUCCGCUCGAUAUCCACAUGCACCCGGCGGCCUUCGGUAGUGACGCAUAUGCCUUCCGACCCCAGCGUUUCAUCGACGACCCGAAGCUGGCACGUUAUUUUAUUGGGUUUUCUCGUGGUGCUAGAAAUUGUGUUGGUAUGACCCUGGCACGACGAGAGAUGGCUAUCAUAUUGGCGACGUUGUUUCUUAAAUACGAUGUUUAUGAUGGCAGCCCAGGCCAAGGUCCCACGCUGGAGCUCUAUGAUACGCAGCGCGCUAGGGAUAUUGACGCCAACAUGGACUAUAUUAUUCCAGUGCCGGCGAAGGGGAGUGAAGGGCUUCGGGUCAGGGUCCGAAAUCAUAGUUCGGGUUGCCAUUUCCCAUAA